AUGCCGAAGUCGGUGCGUGGAAAAAAGCAAAGAUGUGAAACUAGUGUUCGUGACCAAAAGGACUUUAUGUAACUUGUAAUUGUCUUAAUUGUGGACACUUUUUCUCGCCAUUUACUGCCUCGAAGCGUGGUCUCCGUUUUUUCACGUCGACUGCCUCCGUCGCAUCGGGUUUAUGGUCAUUUUCUGCCCCGUGCCCUGCCAACUCGGCCCAAUUGGUACCCUCCCCGAUUACUUCUGCUCUUUGUCCGCAACGGCGACUCCGGCCGUCCUAAUUGUCCCGCCCUCUCGCCCACGCAUCGGGACGAACGAAUCGCCCGACCAAUUGCACAAGUCAUGAUGCAACCGCAGAGCAAUUGGUCACUUCGUCCGACUGGGCUGGGCUGGGUUGGGCUGGGCUGGGCCGGAUCGAGUGUGGAGGUGCAGCAGAGCCUGUUGGCCGAGUCAUCCCCACAGCAAGGUGCAACACUGUUGCCAGGGCUCGAAUGGCCUUCCGGACGAUCGGGCUGGCAGACCGGCUACACCUCGACCAGACACACUCGCCGGUGUCUUCAGAAGUGCACAAAUCCGGCAACAACUAACCCUCCUCCUCCUCCUUUUUGUCGUCGUCGUCCUCAUCCAGGAGGAGGGUGGGCGGCCUGGAUACAGCAAUGCGACAGACGGCCAAACCGCGCCAGUCGGCAGUCCGUCAGAAAGCACACACAACACAGACAACCGAGCCGCUCUCCGUCCAUCCGUUCAUCCGUUCAUCUCUUCAUCUGUUCAUCCGGAAAGCCGGCAAACCGGCUCACCUUCGAGAUGCGGUACCAUCGCCUCGUCGCCCUCGUCGCCCUCGUCGCCCUCUUCGUCGUCUGUCCCCUCGCUCCGGUCUCCGGGGCGCCAACCGCCCUGUCGGCCACUUCGGCCACGCUCAAC